AUGGCCAAUCCAGCCCCGACAGACCAGAAUCCUACAGCCAAUCAAAACAGUAGACCGGCUGCUAGGGGCCAACAGCAGUUUACCCAGGCCGACUUGAACCGAAUCGUCAUGGAGUACCUUAACAAGAAGGGUUUCCAUAAGACCGAGGCCAUGUUUCGUUUGGAAAGUUCCAAUACGGCCACGCCGCUGACGGGAUUGCCCAAUACGUCCAGUUCGUCUUUUGCUGGUCCUACAGAGAUUUCUCUGAGCUACCCAACUGGCGGCAAGCAGACCAAGGCUGAUAUUGAACUUAAGGAAAUGAGAGAACGAGUGGCUCGUACUGAGCGUGAAUUGCGUGAUUACAAGGAUAAAAGCACUUACGAGAGGAAGGAAGAGGAGCUUCGGCUCUUGAAAGAGGAGGAGGAGAAACAGAAACGUGAAAAUGAUCCAGACAUUUACUAUAGAGCGUAUUCGAUUCUCAGAGGCUGGGUGGAGACGUCUUUGGACUUGUAUAAGCCUGAGUUGUCUCGGUUCUUGUACCCGCUUUUCAUCCAUUGCUACUUGGAGCUUGUGUCUAAGAAUUUCAUCAAACACGCCAAGAUCUUUUAUGAUAAGUUUAAGGAUGACCAUAUGAUUCUCCAUGGAUUGGAGGUGAAGCAGCUUGCGGGAAUCUCUUUGCCUGACCACUUGAAGGAGGACUCAUUGGCCCAGGCUUACCGUACCAACAAAUACAGAAUCUUGGUUUCGAAGACCACCAUGAACCUUUUACUAUAUUUUCUUCAUGAGAAUGAGGCCGUUGGAGGCGCCGUUUUGAUCAGAAUCAUCAACCAGUACCUCAAUCCUAUAAUAUCUACAACUAGACCCGAUAAGGUGACCCAGGAAGGUGAGGCUGACCCUGCUGAAGGUAUCCCUGGCUAUAUCACCAGCACCAACGAAAUCGAAAAGUUCAACGAACAACCUGUCCUGCUUGGUAAGCUACCGUUGGACGAAGACACACAGAAGGAAGUUGAGGCGGAAUUAAAGGUCAAGGAUGAGACUACCGACCCAGUGGAUGGAAAAACGCUUGUAAAGGAGUUUGAAGAGCUUCAAGAACCAGACAAAGAUUCUCCAGCAGCAGACUCCAUUCCGCUACCUUUGAAAGAUGCUUCUGACAUCAAAAGAAUGAUUCUUUCAGUGGAAGACUCUCGCUCAAAGAUCAAGUUGGGUGCUCUUCAAGCCAGUGCUCCAUCUGUGUGUAUGUACACAUUCCACAACACCAAUAACGACAUGACGUGCCUUGAAUUUAACGAAGACUCCAACACGGUCGCUGCAGGUUUCCAGGAUAGUUUCAUUAAAUUGUGGAGUCUUGACGGCCGCCCACUUAAGUCUGUGUUCAAAAGAGAUGCUAGCAAUAAUGACAACACCAGAAGACUCGUUGGCCACAGCGGACCAGUUUACGGUAUGUCUUUCUCUCCAGACAACAAGUACUUAAUUUCUUCUUCGGAGGACAAGACGGCUCGUCUUUGGUCGCUUGAUACAUACACCGCGUUGGUAUCUUACAAAGGACAUAACCAACCAGUUUGGGACGUGAAGUUUUCUCCGUUUGGCCAUUACUUCGCUACCGCUUCACACGAUCAAACGGCUCGUCUUUGGGCCACUGACCAUAUCUACCCAUUGAGAAUCUUUGCAGGCCAUAUUAAUGAUGUUGAUUGCGUGGAGUUCCAUCCAAACUCAAACUACGUCUUCACAGGAUCUUCAGAUAAGACCGCCCGUAUGUGGGAUGUGCAAACGGGCAAUGCUGUUCGUAUUUUCAUGGGCCACACUGGAGCUGUGAACUGCAUGGCCGUGUCGCCAGAUGGUAGAUGGGUUGCUACGGCAGGUGAAGACACGGUGAUUAAUAUAUGGGAUGCCGGUUCGGGACGUCGUCUCAAGAGUAUGAGAGGCCAUGGUCGUUCGUCGAUUUAUUCAUUGGCCUUCUCUCGUGAUGGAGGGGUGCUUGUUAGUGGAGCUUCUGACAAUACCGUUAGAGUGUGGGACGUUAAGAGAAACACUAAUGAUGCAGGCCCAACACCGGAACCAAUGAAUGGCGGUGAGAGCAUAAACGGAAGCAGUGUGACAUCAUCGGCUGGCGCCGACAGUAAGAAGCCCGUUGAGAGGGUAAGCAGAAAGGAGAUUGUUGCUACAAGCGACCACAUGACAGCGUACUUCACGAAGAAGACGCCCGUGUACAAGGUUCAUUUUUCGAGAAGGAACCUUUGUCUUGCUGGCGGAUCUCUACAAAUCUAA